UUAGUCGGGCUCUAAACUGCGUAGCGCUUAGGUUCCAGGUUAUUGGGUUAUGUACCUAGAUAGACUUGUUACUAUUUCAAGUAUAAUAAGAUACUCUGACGAAUGGGAUAUUUCUUUAAUUAUAUAGAUGAGCUAAGUAUACGAAGCAGGUUGAUACUUAUAUUCAGAUUACUUCGAGAUUGAGGCGGUUAUACGCACCCCAAUGAGCUAUCGGAAAUACUUACUAUAGAAGAAGAGCAGGACAAUGGCUAACUUCGACAUCGAAGCCACGAGAGCUAAGUUCCCGGCCCUGAAGGAAGAUCAAAUCUUCCUCGACAACGCAGGAGGAAGCCAGGUUCUCGGCACAGUUAUCGAAGCUAUAAGCGACUAUCUGAUCAAAAGCAAUGUUCAAUUUGGGGGCGGUUACAAAGCCAGCAAAACCUCGAGUUCCCGCUAUGACAGCGGAGUUACUGCUGGGGCUAAAUUUCUAAACGCUCAGAAGGAUGAGAUAGCAUUUGGCUCCUCCUCCACUCAACUUCUCCGCAACCUCUCCUUCACCUUCGAGUUCCAGGAGGGCGAUGAAAUCGUAGUGUCGGCUAUCGACCACGAGGCCAAUAUCGCGUCAUGGAAAGACCUCGCCGAGCGGCGGAAGCUUACCAUCAAGUGGUGGGUUCCACCGGGAAAAGAAAAGGGUGAAACGAACCCGCUACUUCGAGCGGGGGACCUCAAGGCCCUACUGUCCCCUCGGACGAGAUUAGUUACUUGCACACAUGCGAGUAAUGUGCUAGGCACGAUCCACGAUAUCAAGUCUAUCGCAGAGGUCGCUCAUACUAUCCCCAAUGCUCUACUCUGCGUCGAUGGUGUCGCGUAUGCGCCACAUAGGCCCGUCGAUGUGAAGGACCUCGGUGUUGAUUUCUAUGUUCUAUCUUGGUACAAGAUAUUCGGUCCUCAUGUAGCCAUGUUGUACGGAAGUCGUAAGGCACAAGAGCAAAUGCGCACACUGGGCCACUUCUUCAAUCAACACGCGACGCUCGAGAACAAGAUCAGCCUGGGAAGCGGUUACUACGAGCUCGUGCAAUCCCUCCCCCCAAUCCUAACCUACCUCGGCCCACCCACCUCGGGAUCAUGGGGCUCCUUCGAUGUCCAAGAAUCGCUCCUCCAGACGACCCUCCUAGACUACCUCAACUCCGAACCCGACACCAUAACCGUCUACGGCGAGCGAAACACAGACGGCCGCAUCCGGCUUCCAAUCAUAAGUUUCAAAGUCUUGGGAUGGGACUCGCGGGAACUAGUUGAGGAGCUUGAACGUACUACGAAUUUUGGUUUCCGCUGGGGCGCGUUUUAUUCGAAUUGGCUGGUUAAUGAGUAUCUUGGGUUGGGGAGUGAUGGGGUGGUUAGGGUUAGUAUGGCGCAUUAUAAUACUUUGGAAGAGGUCAAGGGGUUUAUUGCCGCGUUUGAUGCGGUUAUAUCGAAGAAGCCCAACUAAGGAGUUGAAGCGGAUGGCGUCUACGCCUUCGCGUCUAUUGAGUCGUCGGGUUAUUAAAUCUCGAAUCUGCAGGAAGCGAUUUCGGUUAUUGGAGGCAGUUGAGAGUCCCAGCUGCCCGAUAUAUAUAAAGGUAUUUGGUAGUAAAGAAUAUAAUUAGGUCAACUAACCUGAU